AUGCGUAGCGAACGAGCAGGAGCAAAAGCAAAUCCAUUGGAGUUGCAGUCUUUGGAAAUUGAGAAUCAAGAGUCGAAACUAGGCGGGAGUAAUGCGAAAGACGUAUAUAUUGAAAACCAUAGUCCUACCGUAGCGAUGAUCAUGAGACUCCCCAUGAUUUUCAUUGAUUUCGAUCAUUGUACAGCUCAUUUCGAACUUUGA